AUCAACUUAAAUACGAUCUGGAGACAUCAAUUUUCCCCUUCAUAAAUUUCAUGAAAAUUAACAUGACUACAGUGUGUCAGCUAAUUGGCAUUGAAUACCAGUGUACAUGUCAAGAUCAGUAUUUCUGGUCACUUGAUAACUGUGCUAUGUAUGGCACCUGUAAUUACGCGAAUGAAAAUGCAUGUACCUGUAUCAAUGCACUUCCCAGUGAUGGACAGAUGUGUGUGCCAACAAGUGAACUGCCAAUCUUUUACUAUCUGGUUGAAUUUAAGAUUAAUACUGAAAACACAUCAGUGAUCAAUGAAGGCAGAAACUUCCUUGGAGGAGUCAAUUUACCAUUUUUCUUUGGUCAGGUAGCAGAAAUUACAGAUGUGGAAAUGACAACAGUGUGCAGUCUCAUUGGUGCUGAAUAUCACUGCUGGUGUGAGGAUCAGUAUUUUUGGCCGUGUGAAAAGUGCACCAUAUAUGGACCUUGUGAUGACGUCAACAAUUCUACGUGUGGCUGCAUCAACGGUCUUCCAGAUGAUGAACAAUUAUGCCAGCCAAUCAAUGAGCUGUCUUAUAACUCUACAUGUCCACCUAAUCCAGUCCGAGCUGAAUAUCUGAUUGAGGUUGAGAUUAGCACAGCAGAUUUCUCAUUUGGGUAUCAACUUAAAUACGAUCUGGAGACAUCAAUUUUCCCCUUCAUAAAUUUCAUGAAAAUUAACAUGACUACAGUGUGUCAGCUAAUUGGCAUUGAAUACCAGUGUACAUGUCAAGAUCAGUAUUUCUGGUCACUUGAUAACUGUGCUAUGUAUGGCACCUGUAAUUACGCGAAUGAAAAUGCAUGUACCUGUAUCAAUGCACUUCCCAGUGAUGGACAGAUGUGUGUGCCAACAAGUGAACUGCCAAUCUUUUACUAUCUGGUUGAAUUUAAGAUUAAUACUGAAAACACAUCAGUGAUCAAUGAAGGCAGAAACUUCCUUGGGGGAGUCAAUUUACCAUUUUUCUUUGGUCAGGUAGCAGAAAUUACAGAUGUGGAAAUGACAACAGUGUGCAGUCUCAUUGGUGCUGAAUAUCACUGCUGGUGUGAGGAUCAGUAUUUUUGGCCGUGUGAAAAGUGCACCAUAUAUGGACCUUGUGAUGACGUCAACAAUUCUACGUGUGGCUGCAUCAACGGUCUUCCAGAUGAUGAACAAUUAUGCCAGCCAAUCAAUGAGCUGUCUUAUAACUCUACAUGUCCACCUAAUCCAGUCCGAGCUGAAUAUCUGAUUGAGGUUGAGAUUAGCACAGCAGAUUUCUCAUUUGGGUAUCAACUUAAAUACGAUCUGGAGACAUCAAUUUUCCCCUUCAUAAAUUUCAUGAAAAUUAACAUGACUACAGUGUGUCAGCUAAUUGGCAUUGAAUACCAGUGUACAUGUCAAGAUCAGUAUUUCUGGUCACUUGAUAACUGUGCUAUGUAUGGCACCUGUAAUUACGCGAAUGAAAAUGCAUGUACCUGUAUCAAUGCACUUCCCAGUGAUGGACAGAUUUGUGUGCCAACAAGUGAACUGCCAAUCUUUUACUAUCUGGUUGAAUUUAAGAUUAAUACUGAAAACACAUCAGUGAUCAAUGAAGGCAGAAACUUCCUUGGAGGAGUCAAUUUACCAUUUUUCUUUGGUCAGGUAGCAGAAAUUACAGAUGUGGAAAUGACAACAGUGUGCAGUCUCAUUGGUGCUGAAUAUCACUGCUGGUGUGAGGAUCAGUAUUUUUGGCCGUGUGAAAAGUGCACCAUAUAUGGACCUUGUGAUGACGUCAACAAUUCUACGUGUGGCUGCAUCAACGGUCUUCCAGAUGAUGAACAAUUAUGCCAGCCAAUCAAUGAGCUGUCUUAUAACUCUACAUGUCCACCUAAUCCAGUCCGAGCUGAAUAUCUGAUUGAGGUUGAGAUUAGCACAGCAGAUUUCUCAUUUGGGUAUCAACUUAAAUACGAUCUGGAGACAUCAAUUUUCCCCUUCAUAAAUUUCAUGAAAAUUAACAUGACUACAGUGUGUCAGCUAAUUGGCAUUGAGUACCAGUGUACAUGUCGAGAUCAGUAUUUCUGGUCACUUGAUAACUGUGCUAUUUAUGGCACUUGUAAUUACCCAUAUGAAGGAACAUGUACCUGUAUUAAUGCACUUCCCAGUGAUGGACAGAUGUGUGUGCCAACAAGUGAACUGCCAGUCUUUUACUAUCUGGUUGAAUUUGAGAUUAAUACUGCAAACACAUCAGUGAUCAAUGAAGGCAGAAACUUCCUUGGAGGAGUCAAUUUACCAUUUUUCUUUGGUCAGGUAGCAGAAAUUACAGAUGUGGAAAUGACAACAGUGUGCAGUCUCAUUGGUGCUGAAUAUCACUGCUGGUGUGAGGAUCAGUAUUUUUGGCCGUGUGAAAAGUGCACCAUAUAUGGACCUUGUGAUGACGUCAACAAUUCUACGUGUGGCUGCAUCAACGGUCUUCCAGAUGAUGAACAAUUAUGCCAGCCAAUCAAUGAGCUGUCUUAUAACUCUACAUGUCCACCUAAUCCAGUCCGAGCUGAAUAUCUGAUUGAGGUUGAGAUUAGCACAGCAGAUUUCUCAUUUGGGUAUCAACUUAAAUACGAUCUGGAGACAUCAAUUUUCCCCUUCAUAAAUUUCAUGAAAAUUAACAUGACUACAGUGUGUCAGCUAAUUGGCAUUGAAUACCAGUGUACAUGUCAAGAUCAGUAUUUCUGGUCACUUGAUAACUGUGCUAUGUAUGGCACCUGUAAUUACGCGAAUGAAAAUGCAUGUACCUGUAUCAAUGCACUUCCCAGUGAUGGACAGAUGUGUGUGCCAACAAGUGAACUGCCAAUCUUUUACUAUCUGGUUGAAUUUAGGAUUAAUACUGAAAACACAUCAGUGAUCAAUGAAGGCAGAAACUUCCUUGGAGGAGUCAAUUUACCAUUUUUCUUUGGUCAGGUAGCAGAAAUUACAGAUGUGGAAAUGACAACAGUGUGCAGUCUGUAUGGUGCUGAAUAUUACUGCUGGUGUGAGGAUCAGUAUUUCUGGCCGUGUGAAAAGUGCACCAUAUAUGGACCUUGUGAUGACGUCAACAAUUCUACGUGUGGCUGCAUCAACGGUCUUCCAGAUGAUGAACAAUUAUGCCAGCCAAUCAAUGAGCUGUCUUGUAUGUAUUAA